UCAAUAGGCUUUGUUUAAGCCUAGCCUAUCAUAUAUUCGGAGGGCGGUAGGACCACCAGGUCGAGCCAAUAGAAUAUAAGGCAGAAGGUGAAACAGCGAAACUGCACCAAGUACCAGCAUGUGUUUUUACAACCAGAAGAGAUAUGCGUGUGGAGAUUGGAGUUGGACCAAUUUUGCUCACCGUUGCAAUUACGAAUACCGUACUGGCGAGACGUGCGGUAUGAGACUUGUUAACAUGACCGAGUUUGAGACGACACAAUGCCGUCUUUGUGAGAAGAUCGAGACCAAGUACCGGCGGCGAAGCGCCGAGAUGGAACGGUUGAACCGGUGGAAACGGGAGGGAAGCACUCUUGUGGCCUCCAUGGAUCGAUCACAGAAGCUCAUAAUGGAGCUUGAUAAGGAGAUCCGCCAGCUUCAGAGAGAACGUGACGACCGACGAAAAGCAUUGUCUUGAAUUGCCGCUUGUUAAUAUUAGGGGUAUUUUGGCGCUGGCGAACUGGAGCUGGAUUUUUUUAAUUUCUUUUUUAGAUUCCCUCAUUUGCGAUUUCUUUUCAAUUCAGUCCUAAUUUCAGUGUAAUUAUUUCAUGUCUCACAAUAAUGGGUCAUUUGCUCAUGUGGC